AUGGCUCCCAUCACUGAAGAUGUCGUCUCCGGACUGAAGGACACAAUUGGCAAGCUGGAGUCCCGGGUGGUCGACCUGGAGGACCGUCUUGCCAAUGGCAACAAGCCUAAGACGGUGACGGAGCAGAUGCGCAUGAUCCUCAUGGGCCCUCCAGGAGCAGGCAAGGGCACGCAGGCCCCGAACAUCAAGGACAAGUUCUGCGUGUGCCACCUGGCUACCGGAGACAUGCUGCGGUCACAAGUCGCCAAGAAGACCGACCUUGGAAAGGAGGCCAAGAAGAUCAUGGACCAGGGUGGCCUGGUUAGCGACGAGAUCAUGGUCAACAUGAUCAAGAGCGAGCUGGAAAACAACACCGAGUGCAAGAAUGGUUUCAUUCUGGAUGGUUUCCCGCGGACCGUUGCCCAGGCUGAGCGGCUGGAUGACAUGCUUGGAGUGCGCCAGCAGAAGCUCCAGCAUGCGGUGGAGUUGCAGAUCGAUGACGCCCUGCUGGUUGCCCGGAUCACUGGCCGUCUGGUCCACCCUGCCUCCGGCCGUUCGUACCACAAGAUCUUCAACCCGCCCAAGGAUGACAUGAAGGACGACGUGACGGGUGAGCCGCUCAUCCAGCGGUCUGACGACAACGCCGAUACCCUGAAGAAGCGCUUGGCUACCUACCACGACCAGACCAGCCCCGUUGUUGGCUACUACAAGAAGACUGGUAUCUGGCGGGGCAUUGACGCCAGCCAGGAGCCUGGCCAGGUGUGGAAGAGCCUGCUCGGUGUUUUCCACAAAAACUAA